AUGGCUGUUGCUAAGAAGAAUUCCACGACCAAAAGUAAAACAUCUGGCGGGAAAUUGCACCCUACGGCUCAUCCGACAUGGAUCGAUAUGAUAAAAGAAUGCAUCGUCACUCAUCCCGAAGAAGCUCGUACUGGUGUCUCGCGCCCCACUAUCAAGAAGUUUGUGGAAAUCAAAUAUAGAAUAGAUGUCAAUCCUUCGACAGCUAGCCAGCUCAAUCGUGCUAUAACCUCUGGUAGUGAGAAGGGUAUUUUUGUUCUGCCCAAAGGUCCUUCGGGCAAAGUCAAGCUGGCUCCCAAAGUCCGUCAUGACGCUGCAAAAGAGAAUGCGACUCCUGCUGCAAGAAAACCUUUGUCGAAAGUGAAGGCUUUGUCUGCCAGACACCGCAUUUCCAAGAAGGUUCCCUCUGCCAAGGCCAAGGUCAUACAGAGACCAGCUUCUUUUAGAGCCUCCGCUGGAUUAAAACUGCCCACCACCAAGGCCCCGACUACCAAGAAAUAUGGCGCCACCAAAAAGUAUUCGCAUCCCAGGGCCACACCCUCCGAUAAACACCUCAAGAAGAGUACUACAACUGCACGAAAGCCUAGCAAUACGAAGAAAGUAUCGAUCAAAAAAGUAGGCAACCUAAUUGUGUCAGUAUCGAUGAGAUGA